AAGAAGAAGGAGGGUACGGGUGUGACCUGGUGUGGUGGUCACCCCCACUUAACCUGGAGCCUAGGGACCUGGGCUGGGCUGGUAUAUAAAAGAGCACGUCCGAUCCUGGGGCAGCAUCGUCAUAAUUCCAGCCUCCGAUCCAGCAACAUGAAGUUCGCACUCGCCGUAGUUUUGGCCAUGGUAGCCAUGGUCUAUGCCCGACCAGACAACGUCCUAGACAUUGAUCUCGAAGACAUCCUGCUGGACCAGGACAUCGCUGAGGACUCCACCGUCACUGGAUCCUACACAUGGACCGACCCCGAUGGCAACCAGCACUUCGUCAAGUACGUCGCUGACGAGGACGGCUACAGAGUCCUGGAGUCCAACGUCGUCCCAGCCACUGCUGACGGACUCAGGGCCAACGGCGAACAGGGAUCCUUCGUCUCCCUGGAGGAUCUCGACGACAAAUAAGCGACUAGAACGACUUCUCUAGACUCAUCGAUUUCACGAACCUUCAUUUCCCCUUCCAUUUUAAACCCUCAUUUCUGAUCCAGGAUUCUAUUUAUCAAUAGUAAUUACGAUCACGAAAUAGGUCAUCUAUUUAUUGAUAGUAUUUAUGAUCAUGGAAUAAAUGAAAUAGUUAAAA